AUGCUGGUCGCCGCUUGCGCGCUGGUCGACCGCGAAAACCGUAUCCUUCUGGCACAACGGCCGCCCGACAAGGCGAUGGCGGGCCUGUGGGAGUUUCCCGGCGGCAAGUUCGAGCCCGGCGAGACGCCCGAACAGGCGCUCAUCCGCGAACUUGAGGAAGAACUGGCCGUUCGGACCCAGGCCGCGUGCCUUGCGCCGCUCACCUUCGCCAGCCAUGCCUAUGCGGACUUCCACCUGUUGAUGCCUCUUUACAUCUGCCGCAAGUUCGAUGGCAUCCCCGUUUCGCGCGAAGGGCAGACGCUCAAAUGGGUGCGCGCGCGCGACCUGCGCGACUAUCCGAUGCCGGAAGCCGACGCCCCGCUCGUGCCGGUGCUGCAGGACCUUUUGUGA